UAUUGCACCAUUCUACAAGAGACAAGAAAAACAUACUUGACACCCUCCAUUGAUCACAAUCAUUCAAGCAGUCAUGUCACUGUCAAAGGUUUUGGCUUGUUUGCUCCUUUCCCUCCUCGUUCUCCAUCUGCUGGUUGAAGCAGCUGAUGCUACGCAGGAGGUGAGCGCAGAUUCAGUAGAGAGUUCUGCCGCCAAAAAGAUAGAUUGCGGAGCGGCAUGCGCCGCUAGGUGCCGGUUGGCAUCAAGGCAGAAGAUGUGCAAGAGGGCAUGCGGAACCUGUUGUGCCCGUUGCAAUUGUGUGCCGCCCGGGACCUCCGGUAACGAGGACGUGUGCCCUUGCUACGCCACCAUGACCACUCAUGGAGGCAGACACAAGUGCCCUUGAUUUAGUUAAGCAUCCACUGUGGAUCUUGUAUCAUCUUGAUGGAUAUAUGCUGCUGCAAAUAAAGAAUGUAAUUGAUUAGCGUGCGUCUCCAGUAAAAUAAUAAGAAUGUUCCUUUGUAAACCUCAAUAUAAUAUCGAAGUCUCUGUGUGUAGAGAAACAACAAUAAAGAGUAUUAUGCUUUUCCGUGUA